AUGCCCCGCUCCGAAGAAGCCGCAAUGUUCUUCGCCGCCGUCUACUCCGCCGUGCAGGAGAUCCCGCGCGGCCGGGUCACGACGUACGGCCACAUCGCGCGGCUCAUCGGAACCCCCGAACGUCCCCGCCAGGUCGGCGUCGCCCUCAAACACCUCCCGACGGACCCCUCCCUCCGCCACAACCAAGACACGGUCCCCUGGCAGCGCGUGAUCAACAGCAAAGGCGCCGUGUCGCCUCGCUCCCAACCCACAGGCGCCCGGAACCAAGCCGACGCCCUCCGCGCCGAGGACGUCGAGGUGACGCGGACGGCCCAUGAGUUCCAGGUCGACUUUGAGUCGUACGGCUGGUUUCCCGACGUAUUACCAUCUGAGGAGGGGGAAGCCGCAUGA